AUGUCCAACAGCAAGAUGAAGGGUUUUUUUAAAGGCUUUAGAUACUUUGCUCAAAUAUUUGAGGGUGAAAAAGAUAAAGACAUACAGAUUGGAUAUCCCACAGAUGUAAAGCAUGUAGCACAUAUAGGGUGGGAUGGUCCCUCUGUAAAUUCUCCCAGCUGGAUGAACGAAUUUAAAAAUUCUCCAGGUGUUGCAGAUCUUCAAAAUAAAGGACAAGACAAUGGAGUCAAACGAGUCCCCGAAGAAUCAAAAAGAAGAAGUCAUCGAGAUCCACCAGAUUUAUCCAAGGCAUCUAAAAGACACUCGAUGGGUGUCACGGAUUCUCCGACAAAGGAAAAGUCAAGCAAACCGAGAACGAGGAAACCUUCGAACAAGAACAAAGAUGAUUCCAACCCGACCCGAAUGCCCGAGUCCCCGGAUCCAUUUCAGCUUCCUCCGCCCCUACCCGGACCCGAUAAUAUUACUCCUAAAAAGCCUCGCCGCCAUAAGAAAGAGAAUCCUAGCGCCGUCAAAGUGAAAUCCAAAGCCCAGCCCAGUUCUGAUUCUGCAUCCCCGGCCCAAACUAGGAACAGCCCAAUAGCCACCUUCGAUGAAGCCGAACACGAUCUUUUGCUCUAA